GCGUCACCCCUUGCCGGCGGUCUAGCCAAUAUCUUAAAAGGAACUUAACCCCUGGAUAUCAAGCUCUCAAACUAACUACAACGUCCAUGGGCGCCCAUGAACAAGAGUCUUUGAAAAUCUCGAUACGAGUUUUCAGACCUGAAGACCUCCAGGAUGUCCAGAAGUUGUACAUCGAGACGAGGAUCCAUGGAUCUGGCUCGCCGUUCCGUUUGGCUGUCCGUCGACAUCUACUCACGCCCCUUUCAUACGGUUUCUAUUCGCUCUUUUUCAUCGGCAUUUGGAUUUUCCUACGAAACCCUAGCGGGUGUCUUCGAGUCUUGGGCACUGUGUUUAUAGUGUCCUCGGUGGUGUUUGUCAUUGGAACGGGGUUUCCGAUUGGGAUGUUCGCGUAUUUUGGAUUUAGGAGUUUGUAUCGGGGGGAUAUGAAGGAUGUUGCUACGCAUUAUCGGGUACGGGAGUCUCAAAGGGAGAUAGCGGGUGGUAGUUCGUUUUGGGUGGCAGAGGCCGAAAUGGCAGGAGGGAGAAAGAUUGUUGGGUGUGUUGGUUUAGACUGCUUUUCCAAUGAUGAUUCUACGGAAGGAGAGCUUAAACGGAUGUUUGUUUCGCCUGCUUUCCGUGGACAUGGUAUAGCGACGAAGUUGAUGCAGGCCCUGCUAGAACAUGCGAGGAAACAUGGCCUAAAGCACGUUUAUUUGCAGACCACUUGGUUGAAUGAUAAGGCGGUGGUUAUGUAUAAGAAGACUGGAUGGCAGAUGGUCAAGAAACAAACGUUUAGAGCCGGGUUUGUUAAGGGUGAAGGGUACGAUUUUCGGAUGAAUUUGGUUAACGAGUCGUGAACUUGUUGUUUAUUGGAGAGGGUAUAAAUUAUUCGCGCAUGUUACAUCCUGGUUGGGUCCUUUUUAUUUUGUUUUGUUUAAGCAGUAGAGUAUGUCACUAUUCUAGGUAGAAUACAUUAUAAUCGUGUUAGAGGCAAUUUACAAAGUUAUUGACUUCC